AUGCAGAUCGUAUCUUUGACCGUGCUGUACGGCUACGUCCUGCUUCACGCGUCGGAUCUCAUCAGCAGGGGCAGCGAGCUGCUGCUCCUGGUCCCGCGGUUCGCGCCAGUGGUGGGCAGCGUUGUGCUGCCGAUCCUCGGGGCCGUGCCCGACGGCAUGAUGGUGCUGAUGUCUGGGCUCGGCGAGGACGCGCAGGAGUUUCUGUUUAUGUGGCCUUCUCUUCUUCUAGAGCUGGCCGUGGGUGUUGGCGCCCUGGCGGGUAGCACCGUCAUGCCAUGCUGCUCACGUUGCCUUGGUUCCUUGCGGUGCUCACUGGCCGCGUGA